AAAGUUCGAUGCUGCUGACCUGGCCAUUUUGAGACUUCUCCCCGUCUGUUUCUUCAGCAGCUACAACUAUACUUGUUGCAUAGUUGUAGUUAUUUGAGUGUAUAUCUCGCCAUCUUUCAGUUAUUCUUCGGGAGAUCUAGAAAUAUGAGCAGCAAGAAACUAAGACGAGUGGGUUUCUCACAAGAGCUGUGUGACCGUUUGAGCAGACAUCAGAUUGUUAAUUGUCAGGACUUUUUAGAUCUCUCCCCACUGGAACUUAUGAAAGUGACUGGCCUGAGUUAUGGAGGUGUCCAUGAGCUUUUGUAUAUGGUCAGCAGGGCCUGUGCUCCCCAGAUGCAAACAGCUUAUGAGAUAAAGAUGAGGUGGUCUGCUGGUCCCUCCCCAGCGUUCCUGUCUACUACCCUUUCUGCUUUGGAUGAAGCCCUGCAUGGUGGUGUGGCUUGUGGAUCUCUCACAGAGAUUACAGGUCCACCAGGCUGUGGAAAAACUCAGUUUUGUAUGAUGAUGAGCAUUUUAGCUACACUGCCCACCAACAUGGGAGGAUUAGAAGGGGCUGUGGUGUACAUUGACACAGAGUCUGCAUUUACUGCUGAAAGACUGCUCGAGAUCGCAGAAGCCCGUUUUCCACUCUACUUUAACACCGAAGAAAAAUUGCUCCAGAUGAGCAGUAAAGUUCAUCUCCACCGGGAACUCACCUGUGAGGGAGUUCUACAAAGGCUUGAAUCUUUGGAGGAAGAGAUUAUUUCCAAAGGAGUUAAGCUUGUGAUAGUUGACUCCGUUGCGUCCGUGGUCAGAAAGGAGUUCGAUCCGCAGCUUCAAGGCAACAUCAAGGAAAGGAACAAGUUCUUGGCCAAAGAAGCAUCCUUACUGAAGUACCUGGCUGAGACAUUUUCACUCCCAUGGAUGCACCUGGAUCCACUGCUGUUUCAGCUACUGACUGCAGCUCUGCCAUCACUGCCCCUGCUGCUCCCAACGGAACCACCUCUGCCUGCAGCCAAAUGUAGCUUUUAACUAAGUUUAUAUCGUUCUAUUUUACCAACAAAGACUUGGGAACCAGAUACUGGGGUGAAAACCUGCUAACUCAGAGAGACCAAGAAGCAACCAGUUGACCUUUCUCCUUAACCAGCCACCCAACAAGAGAGAGUCUCUUCUGCUGUCCCCAGCCAGAAAAAAAAAAAAAAAAAGACUGCGAAACUCCAAGUACCUCCCUACUCCUUCCUCUGCAUUUCUCUAUCCCUGUUCCAGACUUCCUUCCUCUAACUCCCAAUGGCUUCUUCCAGCUACCUAGUUGCUGGCUUCGCCUCCUGACUCAAGGUUUUAUUUCAUUAAUGCAAACUCGGGGUUCACAGUGUGAUCAAACAUCCCUCAACUGUGGUACAUGACUGUGCACGUAUCUCUGGCAUGAUCAUGUGUGCAGGUGUGUAUGCACAUGUUUUCUUUUGUGUAUGGAGGCCUGAGGUGUCAAGGGGUUGUUCUCGGUUGCUGCCCACACUAAUGAUUCUUUGACUGCUGAUUGUCUGUAGACUAUCUCAGUCUAUCUGGUUAUUUCUGCUCUUCUUCCCUACUAACUCAGGUGUCUGCCUUCUUUUGCAACAACUGAGUAGUGACUGUUAUAAUCUGGCUUUAUUUUUCUUCUUGUUUCUCUAAUCCUGCCUGGAAUAGCUAGCGUAUUUUCUUUCAGAUGCUGCUAUUGCAGUGUUACUGUUUUCCAGUGGCUGGCCAUAGUCGGCUGAAUCAAGGUAUUUCCUUCUCACUGGAGCCUGUCCUUCUGCAGCGCUAGGAGAAGAAUUGUCCAUAGCUGUGACCUUUCUGUGAGUUUAAAAAGAACUAAGAAAAAGUGACCUAAGAAUAUUAGUCACCUGCUCUACCACCUGACUCAGUCUAUGAGUCCUAUAGGAAUUGAGAGACCAAGAUUAUUGAGACUUUGGGUCAUCUGAGGUUGUUAUUAUUUAAGUCCCAAGUUGUUUAUUCAUGUUAUUUAGACCAAGUCGCUCCCAGUUUUUGUGACACAACUUAAAGUUUAGACUUCUGGGCUCGGCUUUGUCAGUAUGGGAGUAUUUCUUAUGCUGGGUGUCUCAGACCUAAUGUAUCCUUGCUUUCAUAUUAUUAGGUUCUUUUCUGGCACUGUGAAUAUUGGAUUAAUUUAAUCAGAAGUAGAGUUCGGCAGAUUUAUGGCAUUUAAGUAUUGUUAAAUUUAAGUUCAUGCAAGGGAUGGCCCAGCUUAAGCACAACUUAUAUAUUAGUUUGUCAGCUAUAAAUAGAAUAGUUCAGAAAGUGUUCAUUCUGGGAGUGACUCGAGUUUUCUGUAUGUUUAGUUGCUCAUUUUUGCCUGUAUUUACAUUUUGAAUGCUCUCCUAUGUGAAAAAUUAUAGAUGUACAAAAUAGGAAAAAUUCAGAAGCCCUGAGGUAAUACGUUUAAAUUUCUAUGUCUUUCUAAUAAUAGAAAAAGUAUCCUGGAAAGUUGUGAACUUUAAUUAAUAAAUUGUUUAUUCUCUGCUGAUUACUUUAAUUAAUUAUCUGAUUCUCUUUGGGACAGCUUAUUUUUAUUACCCUGACAUGUCUGCCUUACUUACCAAUAAUCAAUUCCUAUCUAUUCGAAGUCUGUAAAGAGGACUAUGUUUAAACAUCAGAUGAGGAUUUUUUUUACUUAAACUUUAUUUUUUUACAUUCUUGAGAGAGGUGAAUAAAAAUUUGUUUUUAUACACAUGAGUUCAUUUCCUCCCUCCCAUAUUCAUUCCAGUUUCUAAGGGCCUUCUGAUUUAUAGACUCUCAAAAAUUUUUUCCCUUCCAAUUUAAAUUUAAGUAAUUAGCCUCUUCCUAAUUUGGAACUUCAGUAUGAAAACAGUUGUGUUUGGUUUGGCAUUAGACCUGGCAUCUCACUGAGUGAGGUCAUGAGGCUCAGGCUUCAACGAUCACAGGAGCAGGCCCUGAGCAAGCAGCAUCCUUGGCACAUGGAGGAAGCAGAAAACAGCUUUGCUACUAGGAUUGAGUCUUCUUGGCAUCUCUUUAACUGUAGCUAUGUUCUGGCUUUCCAAUUCCACUUUAAAUAACUGGACUCCGAACCUGGGUUUGAUGUGAUCAAAAAGUUUAUUUAUAGGUUUAAGAACAGACACAAUCUGUUAAGAGCUGUAAACGUUGUAAAUUUUGUCGAUUAAGUUGUGUGUAGACAAAGUUCUAGUGGGAAACAGUUCUCUAAAAAUCCCAAUUCACUUACACACGAAAGUAGUCUGGCCCUUUCUUCCCAUUUUCCGUUAAUUUCCUGCCAAGAAAAAUAAACAUUUUCUUGCAAAGCAUGGACACGAAAGGUUAGAAGCAUUCAGUGUUUUAUCAGUUACAAUAGGCCGUCAUGAAGCUUAGUAAACAAACAGUUGUCUGCGUACAUACUUGGAGGAGCAGUUGGAGCCAAUAGAGGUAAUUUCCUGCAGACAGUAUUCUAGCGAGUGUCACUUCGUUUAUUGUAAUGGGCAUGAUGAAUGGAUUGGCCUACAUUUUCUUUAUCAAAAUAAUGCAAGGAAGCUUGUGCCUUUAGUGUAUAAUAAUAGACUGAACAGAAAGAGGCAAAGAGAGAAAAGAGGAGAGAGAUUAAUUUGGUAUAUAGCUUCUGAUAUAUAAAUUUUUCUAUGGAUGAGUCUUCCAAUUUAAUCUUACAUUAUUCAAUAUCUCUUUGUUAUGGCUUCUUAGAUAAAUUAUGAACUGGGGGCAGCAUGUUUUUGUGGCAUCUACAAGGUAAAAGUAGUUGUAUAUUUAAGAAAUGCUUACAACAAAUAAACAAAAUCCAAGAGGAGUAAGCCAAAAAGACUACAUAAAGGAUGAGCCAGACUUGUUGGUGGUGCAAGCCUUUAAUCCCAGCAGUCGGGAGGCAGAGACAGGGAGGGGUUCAAGGCCAGCCUGAUCUACAGAGCUAGUUCCAGGACAGCUAGGGCUAUACAGGGAAACUCUGUCUUGGGGGAAAAACAAAGCAAAAGAACCUCACCCAAAACAAAACAAAAACAAGAAAAUAAAACAAGAAAAAAAUUAAAAACAAAAUAAAAAUAAAAGACUAUAGAAGAAAUCUUUAAAGACCAAAUUAUUUUUUUAAAAAAUUUCCUCCUCCUUCAUUCUAACUCUGUCAUACAUUUUUUGUUUUGUUUUUGGUCAAGGAUAAAUGCAUAAAUAUAUAUUUGAUAACGAAAGUGUAAAAUCCAACGUGAAGCUCCACAGAUUCAGAAUGCUGCUCUAAAUGUAAUGAAAUUAAUUGAAAUGUAUAGAUUUCAGCCCUGAUUAGU